UGUAUGUAUUGUGUCUACUCAAUUUCAUCAACUUUCUUGACCAAUUUUAAUGACCCAUCUUGUUUUUUUCCUUGUUUGUUAAGCUUUUCUCCUUUUUCUUCUUGCCAGGACCUUGUUGAGAAGCUGCCCUGCAAUUUUCAGUACUUGAUUAUCGAGUAACUUUAGCAUGAGUACUCAGGAAAUAAGGAAUCCAAUUACAUAUGUAAGGCAAUCGAGGCGAAGGAAGAUGAUAGAAGUGGAUUCAAAUGUUCCACACUCUCAUGCAAGCAGGGUGCAAGGGCAACGUACUGAAAUUUUAACUCAUACUGCAUCUCAAAUUGGUACAAAUGUUCAACAGGAGGGCUCUAUGCCACAAGUAAUUGAUGUUGAGGCAUAUGAUGACGAUGUUACUUUGUCAUCUCCAAGGGAAUUUGCUGAAGCGAAGGCAAAGAACAACUCUAGAAGAAGCCGUAGAAGAACUGUUUUAAUUGAUUUAGAGUCAGAAGGACAAUCGACUAGGACUUCUACUCACAAUCUCCUCAACCUUGCUUUGGUAGCGGAAGAAAGUAGCAGACCUGUGAAUAAGAAUUCAUGGAGUAUGAAAAUGGCUCCACCUUUGCCUCAGCCACCACCAGUGGAGCCCACUUUCACCUGUCCUGUUUGCAUGGGCCCGUAUGUUGAGGAGAUGUCAACAAAAUGCGGCCACAUAUUUUGUAAGAAAUGUAUCAGAGCAUCAAUAGCUGUUCGGGGUAAAUGCCCUACUUGCAGGGGAAAGAUCAGCAUGAAAAACACCAUUAGGGUUUAUCUCCCUGCCACCAAAUGAAUGAAAGAUAUUACACAUCCUGACUUGUGCUCGGUUCAAGUUUUCAUCUUCGGAGUUGGAUGUGUCGUUGUACAAGAUAUGGUUGCUCUCUCAGGACAGUCCACAAGUGUUAGCUGACCAUAUUUUAUAGAUACUUAUACAAUCAGAUGUUGACACCGGGUGUCGACAUUGAUGGUAUAUCUUCUGGGUUUUUUUAUAAGAGCUGGUUGUCACCCAGAGACACAUAAACAGGGUGAUUACUUGUGAUGAUAUAUACAAAUCUGUGCACCAGAAGCAGUUGUAUUUUCUUUGUAAAAGUUAUUUAUUUAAACUUUUAGAUAAAGAAAUAAUGAAGAUUAGAUUUCGAACUUA